UGGAGCUUUUUGUUGGUGUCUGUGUGUGAAGAAACAGUUAACCAUGGCGAUGCACACAGAUGACAUUGGGAGAGACAUGCAGGGUAAAAAAAUUUACCCUGUGACUGAAUAUUCUAAGUCACAACGCAUCGCACUGCUGAUCAAUAUAAUAAAUUUUGAUAAUCCGGAAUCAAACCGAGAUGGAGCUGAGAAAGAUACGCAGGCUAUGCUCAAUCUGUUCCAUUAUCUGGGAUAUGAGGUGGUGGAUUAUCAGGACUUGACUGCACAGGAGAUUGAUGAGGCUCUAAUUAAUUUCUCCAAGCAUCCAAAGCUCUUUAAUACAGACAGUGUGUUUGUGGUUCUCAUGUCUCAUGGAGACUUGGGAACUAUCUGUGGCUCUGACCUGAAGGACUUUGAAACUGACAAAAUUUAUGAGCGCUUAAACACAAAGAACUGUCCUGCACUAAUGAACAAACCAAAGGUCAUCAUCAUUCAGGCCUGUAGAGGAGGGAAUGAUGGAGUGGUGAAGGUAUCUGGAAGUAGACAAGUGAUGGCCACAGAAUACAUCAAAUCCUCAUCAAAAAAUGUUUCCAAAGGUGAUAUCGUACAUGUAGAAAAGGACUUCAUCGGUUUUUAUUCCAGCACUCGUUACACCUUUUCAUAUAGAAAUCCAAAAUAUGGUUCUCGUUUUAUCCAUUACAUUUGUGAUGUGAUCUCCACAUAUUGUCAUAUGGAUGAUAUUGAAGAACUGUUUAAAAAGGUCAUGCGACGCUUUGAAGAUUCCCCUGAACAUAAGCAGAUGCCAACCAAAGAGAGAGUCACUUUGACAAAAGACUUCUACCUGCUUCCAGGAAUCAAACACCUGUCCCCUGGAGAGCAGCAUCGAUGUGUGAGAGAGGAAUCUCUCAGGAACCAGGCAGAUCUCCAGUAUGUGAAGAAUUUUCAGCUUCAAAAUGACAAAGUGAGACAUGUCAGAGUUUUGCUCUAUGGCCCAGUCGGUGCUGGGAAGUCCAGCUUCAUCAAUUCUGUCAGCAAUGUCUUACGAAGAAGAAUAACCUGUCCAGCUUUGACCAACGCAACAAAUGAAGGAAGUUUCACCAAAAAAUAUGAAACCCACAAGAUUAAGAAAGACGGAGGGCAGUUUUACCCAUUUGUCUUCAAUGACCUGAUGGGUUUGGAAGAAGGGAGUGGACGAGGAGUGAGAGUGGAAGACAUCAAACUGGCCAUGAUGGGACAUGUGAAGGAGGGUUAUAAGUUCAACACCUGGUCUCCAUUGUCCAUGUCUGAUUGUUACUACAACCCUUCACCUUCUCCAGAGGACAGAGUUCAUGUUGUGGUUUGUGUCCACUCUGGUAACACGACAGAAAUUAACAGCUCAGUGUUACAGAAGAUGAAAGCCAUCAGAGAGGCAGCCAGCGACUUGGGUAUUCCACAGUUAGCUGUUCUUACCAAAUUUGAUGAGGCCUGUCCUGAAACUGACAAGGACCUGAAGAAUGUGUACAAAAGCAAGCUCGUGAAGAGAAAGAUGGGAGAUCUGAGCUCAAAACUGGGGAUCCCGCUUAACUUCAUCCUUCCUGUGAAGAACUACAGUGAAGAAAUACAACUGAAUGACGACAUCGACACUUUGAUCCUGAGGGCACUGAGAAUGAUGAUUGACUUUACUUUCUCUAAGUUUUACUUUGUAGCACCUCCAGCUCCACCACGUCCUCCUACACCUCCACGUUUUCCUAUUGGACUCUUGGUGGCGCUGUCACUUGGUGUUCGCUCGCUUUGUGGUUUGAAAACUCCAUGGAGACAAAUAUCUUGGGGGAACCAGGCAGAUCUGCAGUACGUGAAGAAUUUUCAGCUUCAAAAUGACCAAGUGAGACAUGUCAGAGUUUUGCUCUAUGGCCCAGUCGGUGCUGGGAAGUCCAGCUUCAUCAAUUCUGUCAGCAGUGUCUUACGGAGAAGAAUAACCUGUCCAGCUUUGACCAACGCAACAAAUGAAGGAAGUUUCACCAAAAAAUAUACAGCCCACAAGAUUAAGAAGGAUGCAGGGCAGUUUUACCCAUUUGUCUUCAAUGACCUGAUGGGUUUGGAAGAAGGGAGUGGACGAGGAGUGAGAGUGGAAGACAUCAAACUGGCCAUGAUAGGACAUGUGAAGGAGGGUUAUAAGUUCAACCCCUGGUCUCCAUUGUCCACGUCUGAUUGUUACUACAACCCUUCACCUUCUCCAGAGGACAGAGUUCAUGUUGUGGUUUGUGUCUACUCUGGUAACACGACAGAAAUUAACAGCUCAGUGUUACAGAAGAUGAAAGCCAUCAGAGAGACAGCCAGCGACUUGGGUAUUCCACAGUUAGCUGUUCUUACCAAAUUUGACGAGGCCUGUCCUGAAACUGAAGAGGACCUGAAGAAUACGUACAAAAGCAAGCUCGUGAAGAGAAAGAUGGGAGAUCUGAGCUCAAAACUGGGGAUCCCACUUAACUUCAUCUUUCCUGUGAAGAACUACAGAGAAGAAAUACAACUGAAUGACGACGUCGACACUUUGAUCCUGAGCGCACUGAGAAUGACGAUUGACCUGGGAGAAGACUUCAUUGACUCUAAAUUAUAAACUGCCUCAUUCCUGACAGUUUCAGACAUACACAGUGAUGUAAUACACUCGAUGAAUAAUACAUAAUCCCAGUACAAUAAGAGUCACUUUUUCCACACAGACUGAUGUUAAUUACCAGAUAAAAUAAAAAUCAAGAAGUUGUUACUGAAAGCUGAUAUGACUGAGUGUGAUUAAACUGAAAAGAAACACAA